UUUGAAUUUUUGCAGUAUAGUGAACUAUUCUAUCGUUUUGUUGAGUUAUUUGUUGAUAAAGAAGCCUUUGAAAUCGUGAACAACAAAAAUCAUUGUGAGAAACUUCACAGCUUGCGCUUUCUUGCUUUCGAUAAUGCGGCAGAAACGCUAGGCUUCGGUUUCUACGUGAUAUUCGUCAGCGAUAAAUUUUAGUAGACGCCAUCAGCAAAUAGGGAAAAAAUCAAUACCCAAACGGACCCACGAAUGCGAACUCCGGUUUUCUACCUCCAGCCGAUGUGAACACACUCAAUUCUUGUCCUGUUGUCCCGUUUAGCUAGGGCAACAUUGGGGAAGCCGCAAGAUUUGCAAAAUAAUUGAGCGUGAUCGACAUUGGACGGUUGGGUGGAAAAUCGCAAACCACACCAGUUUGAUUUGCUCUACUGCAUUGCUAGUCCAGUGUCAUUGUGUCCAAGAAAGGUGAAAAAUGGAAAACGAUAUCUCGUCGGAUACUGGGGUAAAUGGGAUAGGAUUCGCUUCGCCGCCAUUGCCACCAAAUUCGACGUUGGGAAGCGGUGGUACCUCAUCAGAAGAGCGAAGACCCAAUCGAAUUAUUGGUGAAUGUCCCAUUGCCAAACGGAGAAGAAUGAAUGAGUUUUUUGAGGAUGAUGAUUAUGAUGACAAUGACGAAGAUGAUGGUGCUGUCGGAAACGGUUCUCAGAUUCAGUCUGAUGGGAUUACGAAGCUUCACGACGGAUUCAAAGAAAAUCUCAAACAGUUUCAAGUGUUAGACGAAGUUCAAGGCGACAAUUCGGAUGAUGAAGAUAAUGGUGACGACAAUUUUGGCGAUGAAGACGGUGAGGACAAUAGUGAAGAAGGGUCUGAUUUCGAUUGCGAAGAGAUUGAAACGAUGCUUGAUGAAGGCCUUCCGGAAGGGAUGAAAGCAAGUGGACCCAAAGCAAAAGCUUAUGAAGAGCGUUUCAAAGAAGUUUUGGAAGAAAAGGGAAGAAAUCAUUUUGAGGUUCUACCCGAGGGAUGGGUUCAAGCGACUCACAUCAGUGGAAUGCCGUUGUUUCUACACACCGCUUCCCGAGUAUGUACAGCAUCGAGACCAUAUUUUUUAGGUCCAGGGAGUGUUAGGAAACACGAAGUACCCCUGAGUGCUAUACCUUGUCUGAAUUAUCGGAAAGCGUUGGAGAAGGAAGAAGAGUUGCGAAAAGAAAUUGAGGCAAAUGCAGCUGCUGCGGCGGAUGAAGCUGCAAAGUCCACGGCCAAAGAUUUAGCCUCUCAGCAACAAGAAAAACAAAUGCACAAUCCUCAGUUGAGUAAAAUGAUUGCCAGCACCACUACAACGGCAGAAGCGCAAGCCAAUGCCAAAAUGCUACCGCUAAAAGUCACUGCCCGAAUCGAAACUGUCAACGAUAACCUAAAAGCUCACUCACUAACAGCCGACUUAUUUCAAGAGUACUGUAAGAAACUAUUCAAAUUUAAAACGAUUCGAGUGAUGCGCUUCAAAUCGUGGGCUGCCCGACGAAAGCUUACCAAGCACCGAAAGCAUAUGAAGAACCUGCAGAGACCCACAUUGCCGGAUGGAACGAAACUGAUUACAUUCCCAGUGUUACACAACGAGGGUGAAAAGGGCAAUGUUCACGCACGGCCGAAAAAGGAAUGGAUAAUGAACCCUAAUGGAAAAAGUUACGUUUGCAUUCUUCACGAGUACGUUCAACAUGCCCUUCGGAAGCAGCCAAGCUACGAGUUCAAAGAACUGGAAAAUGCUGCCACUCCCUAUUCCGCGACGGUUUCAAUCAACGAUCUCAAGUACGGUACGGGUUAUGGAACAAGCAAGAAGCAGGCAAAAAGUGAAGCUGCUCGGGAGACGCUGGAAAUUUUGAUUCCGGAUAUGAAGGAUAAAAUCACCAGCAAAGAUAACAAAAAGGAUCAAAAUGGAUCGUCGGACCAGCAACCGGAAGCUCGUAAUCUGUCGGUGUUUGACGAAAUCAAAAUUGAGGACCCAAGGGUGGCGGAGUUUUGUGCCAAAACUACAGAACCAUCACCGCAUACAAUUUUGCAAACUUGUCUGCAGCGGAACUUUGGCCUUGGUGAUGUGCAGAUUCAGUACGACGUCAAAGCGGGUAAACAUCGUAAAAAUGAGUUUACAAUGACCGUUGGGAAGCACACCGCCACCGUGGUGUGUAAAAACAAGCGAGACGGAAAACAGAAGGCAUCUCAGGCGAUUCUGCAGAUCCUGCACCCGCACAUCAAAACCUGGGGCUCACUUUUGCGCCUGUACGGUAACCACUCGAUCAAGUCGUACAAGGAAAAGAAACAGGAAGAGCAGGAGAUCACCGUACUGCAGAGCAAAGCUGCCAUCAAUCAACCCAACUAUGCCAUCCUCAGCAAGCUGAAGCUGGAAAUGUCCAAACUGGAGGAACGGCAGAAGAAUGUACGCGUUAUCGGAACCUUCGUACCGGACGUGGAACUGCCGACGGCUUCAUGUUCGAACUUGAAAAAUGUCGAUCUUUAGAGCGCGGGUAUGGCAUGAUAUCAGCAGUGUAGACACAUUACGCUUAACUGUACUUCAUCUAUUGACUAUCAUCGACUAUGGUUUGUGUUUGAUCUCCUAUGGAGUUCAACCAAUCUAAAUUCCUUUUUACGAUUAAUUAAAUUGAUCAUUAUUUUCCCCGAGAAGGGUUCAAAGAUAG